AUGUUCCCACAGAAACUGGGCCAUGUGCGGCAUUAUGCCCGGGCCGUCAAGCUUGUGCGAUCAGGAAACGACAAGAAGGUUCCUGUUGUGAACUACGACGACGUGAGCUCGCUGAGGUCGUAUUUGCAGCGGCUGGACCUGAAUCUUCUCAAACCGCAGCGAACACGAGGUGAUCUCAGCUUCAAGUUCACGGGUCAGAAUCUCGUCAAGGAAAUGUACGAUUCAUUGGCCCUGUACGAGAAUCCGCAGCCAGCCGAACACAAAGUUGACAGCCAGCCAGCCAGGACGCGGCAGUCGCUACAGAAGUUAAGAGCAGCAUUACAGUCUCGAGACGAAACGUUCUUGUAUGGGUAUCUCCGUCGAGAACUUUGGUCCAAGGACGCUAUUUUAGUCUUUGGGCAUUUAUCUCCUCUGGAAGUCUCACUAAUCGUUCGCAAGCUGACCGAUCUGAUGAAAAACGUGAUAAAGUGGCACAUCUCUGAACUGCAGUACAUCUCACGGGUGACAAACGAUUCGGACAUGAACCGUGUUCUUCGCACAAAAUCCGAGACUUUUACAGGAAUCUCGAAGAUCCUGCGCAACCUGGGCAAGAGCCACCAAUUUUCCACCAUCGACUACGAGAAGAUUGUUGAUUUCUACGUGAAUAACCUCCGAUACAAGUCGGCAAUUGAGAUGAUUGCAGAACUGGAGCAGAAUAUAAAGUCUGGCAACGAAAAACUGUACUUCACCAGAUCUCUCUGGAAUAACAAGCUCAAGCUUCUGGGUCACGGAGACGAAAAACUCUGGAAACUGAAUCGGUUCUCCUACAAACAGGCCGAAGUGGAGACCAUUCCACGGAAAUAUAAGUACCCUCACCAUGGUUCGACGGUGCAGGAGCUUCUCGCAGAGUACGAGGCUUCUGGAGUGCUUCCCAACAUGGAAAUAUACCAGACGAUUGCGCUGUGUCUUGGAAGAAGCGGCGAUAUCGAGUUUCUCCAGUCUCUUCUUGACAGGGUCUGGGGCAUCAGCUCAGACAGUGAGCCUCUGUUCCAUCCUGGCCAGGUGCUCUAUCCGACUUCCGACUUUUUGGAGAAAAUCCUUGUUGCAUUCACUUAUAACGGACAGUUCCUCAAGGGACUUGUUGUUUGCAUGAAUCUGAUUCAAAAGUACAAGUUAGAUUCCAACUCUGCCCGGCGGUUCUGGACCGGGUCUCUUCGUUCGUGUGGUAUUACCACGAAAAAUAUCCAAAGAGAUCUCCAGCAUGCACUUUGGGAGCAAGGUGCCGACGAGGAGGUUUACAACCAAAAGGAGUUCGAGCUCCAGCACGAGAUGAUGGACUUGCUGUGGACGAAUGCCAUUGGCAUGGUUGGUUCCCCGUCCAAGGAGAUGAUCAAGAUCAGACUUCAGUACUCGAGUCUGGACUCGUUAAUGAAAGAUCUGCCUCAGGUGCAUUCCAUGGCAUUAAACGAGACGAACAACGGAACGGCCAGCGAGGCAAUCUACAACGAAAGCAUCUUGACGAGGUACCUCAACACCUGUCGGAUCAAACUACAGCAGCUACACAAGUACUACGAAGCCGAGCAGGUGAUCAAGCGGUUCGCGGUGAGCAAAAACAUGGAGUCUGAACUGUUGGCUCGUCUGAGACGGUCACAACAGCUGUAUUUGAGAUCCAAUAUCGAGAAGGUGCAACAGAAGAUUAUUGACGAUGAUGAUGAUGACGGGUUUGGUAUAUGGUAA